AUGGCUCCCCGUUAUAUUUCUAAUCAAGCUCGUUCGCUACUUGUGCUUUCCCAGGCAGUCACCAGUCGAAUCACCGGGAAAUUUGGAGAUAUGGAUAGGGACACUAGGGACGUAGUAAUAACAGCUCUCGUUGGAAAUAUUACAGAAAUCAACACCUUACUUCGGCACCCCUCAGUCCGGGGAUAUCUGGACACUUCGAUUGGAAGACCCGAAAUAGAUGAAACUUCUUCCUUGAACGAUAUCGUUCGUAGACUGAAAAGACAAGUCAGAAGGGCUUGUAUCCUCGCAGAUACGACUCAUACAGGUCCCGAGGCUAACAUAUGGGAAACAGAGGCACUCACACGUACUAGUGAGAUACUGGAGCAGACGUUUGAUGAUAUUUACCAGGCUCCGUCUUGUAAUGGCUCUUACACCGCCACUGCCUCGGACUAA